AUGAAGACUCAAGUCAACGGCAUUAGGAACCCAUUCGGGUAUCAGCCAUGGAGAGAAAAGCGUACUUUUCAGGCUAUGUUUGAUCUCCUUGAAGCCGAUAUUGUCGUGAUGCAGGAGACCAAGAUCCAACGAAAGGACCUGACAGACGAUAUGGUUUUGGUUCCUGGAUGGGAUGCGUACUUUAGUCUGCCUAGGCACAAAAAAGGUUACUCUGGCGUUGCCAUCUACACGCGAAACGCCACUUGUGCACCUAUCAGGGCUGAGGAAGGAAUACUGGGAGUGCUCUGCCCUCCUAAAUCAUCAACGCAGUUUCGAAACCUACCCGACGACCAACGGAUCGGGGGUUACCCCAAGCCGGAGCAACUCUCAGGAAAUAUUGACGAACUGCUGCUGGAUUCUGAGGGUAGAUGCGUUAUUCUGGAAUUCCCCGCCUUCGUGUUGCUGGGUGUCUACAGUCCAGCCAACCGCGACGAAUCAAGGGUGGAAUUCCGCAUGGAGUUCCUGCAGGCCCUCGACGCUAGAGUGCGAAACUUGGUCGCCGAGGGCAAGCAGGUAAUUUUGGCGGGGGACCUCAACGUCAGUCGCGCCGAGGCCGACUCCACCAACAUUGUCGAGAACCUUCGAAAAGAAGGCCUGAGCAUGGACGAGUGGAUGAACUUGCCUUCGCGCCGACUCUUCAAUCAUCUGGUCUUUGGAGGCACGGUGCAAGGGGAUCGCGACGAAGGGCGGGAGCACCCUGUGCUGUGGGAUCUGUGCAGAGAGUUCCACCCCGCAAGAGAGGGCAUGAACACAUGCUGGGACACGAAGCGAAACACACGACCGGCCAACAACGGCAGCCGCAUCGACUACGUGCUCUGCAGCCAUGGGCUGAAAGACUGGGUCACAGAGGCCAACAUCCAAGAGGGCCUGAUGGGAUCUGAUCACUGUCCAGUCUUUGCCACGCUAGCCGACGUUGUGACGGCUGGCGAAGAAGAGGUGUCGCUUUUGAGUCUUGUCAACCCAGCUGGCAUGGUUGACAGAGACGGGCGACGCCUUCGGGAAUGGCACCCGAAGGACAUUCUGCCCUUGUCAGCCAAGCUCAUUCCUGAGUUUGACCGGCGACAGAGCAUUCGGGACAUGUUUACGAAGAAGGCUGGCGCUAAACAGUCGAGCUAUUCACCCUCACUGCGCGCCAGUGAAUUUACCCCGGAAGGAGAGCCAGCAGGCGACUUGGCGCGCCCAGAGCAGCAUGGGAGCAAGACCAAGACGAGCCAUGCUGCUGAUCAUGGGCUCGGAUUGAGCGACGCUAGGCACUCCGCAAGAUCAGAAUCGCUAACUCACUCUCGCGCUGGCACAAAAGGGCAGACGACUUUGCAGGGCUUUUUUCAGCCCUCAUCCACUAAGCGGGUGACGGGGACAAGAGGUGGCAGCGCCACCAUGAGUGCCAGCGCCAACACCAGCGCCCCGUUUUCUUGCGAGCAAACAACAGCAGCGCUGCCCUCUGAGCCCCUGGUAUUUGAUCCGAUUUUAGCAAAGGAAUCCUGGUCGAAACUCCUCGGAAGGCGGAAACUUCCCCGAUGUGAACACGAUGAACCCUGCAUCAGCCUCGUCACGAAGAGGCCUGGAGUCAAUUGCGGAAGGUCAUUCUAUAUAUGUGCCCGGCCACUGGGUCCCUCCGGCGAAAAAGAACGAGGCUCUGAGUGGCGGUGCGGAACUUUUAUUUGGAGUAGUGAUUGGAACGGAUCACCUUCGUAG